AUGACAACAAUACAAAUAAAUCAACGGCAAAAUUUUCAAUCAAUCAAUAAUGAUAAUAAUAAUAAUGAUGCUAAUCAACAGCCAUUAUCAGUGAUCAAUUCACCAAUCAAUGAAAAUCCUGAAAUAAUGAUGAUUACAACUAAAACACCAUCAAUAAAAUCUUUGAAUUUGGAUUCAGAUUCCAAACAACAACGGAGAACAUUGAAUGAUGAAUUGCUCAACAAAAAUCAUAAAUGUGCUAAUAAUGAUGAUUGUCAAACAGAAAUAACACCCGAUUUUAGCGAUGUUGCUUAUUAUCCAUCAAUAUUGAACACUAAUCAAACUGAUCAUAAUGAAAAUAUCAAUAGAAAGUCAGAAAUGAUCAAUAACCAGAUGGAUGAUCAGAAAAUAUAUAGCCAAAAUAAACAAUUGCCAAAUAAACAAAUUCCAUUCAAUAAAGAUGAUAAUGAUCAUCGAUCCACAUCUAGUCAAUCAAUAUUAUCAGCGAAUUCAAUUUGCUGUCAUGUUCAACAUUGGAAAUUCUAUCUGAUCAUAACAUUAUUUAUUUUCAUUUCAUUACGUUAUCUCAUUCAUCUAGUGAUAAUCAUAUUUGGAAAUGAUAAUCAGGAAAAAAAUAUGAUUCAUUUUGAUUAUGGUUAUUGUCCAUUGAUAGUGGCCAUGUUAGAAUCAUUGACAACAAUGUUAACGAUAAUGAUUGUCUAUUGCCGUCGUACACCAAUCGAAGAGCUAAUUAUAAUCAAAUCAUCAUUCUUUCGACCAUUAUGUCCAUGGCAACGUACAUAUUUUAUACGAAUGAUUACCAUUUUAUAUCUAAUUCUAAGUAUGAUAUUUUUUAUAUUAACAUUUUGUUCAUGGUUUCCACAAAUCACCGGUAUCGAUUCAGAAUGGCAUCACUUUCGCCGAUCUGAUUCAAAUAUAUUUACCAAAUAUAUCUGGCAACAACAACAGCCAAUUACAGCAACAACAACAACAAUGUCAAUUUCAAUGUCAAGGCCACCAUCAACAUUGGAUAAUAAUAAUAAUAAUCAACAUUCAACAACAAUCCACAAUCAACGUUCGAAACGUAAUUCUUCGGAAUUUCAAACUAUUUCCACAAUCAAUAUUGAUAAUAUAACAACAUUUCUUGAUGAUAAUAUUGAUAAUACUGAUGAUGAUGAUGAUGAUGAUGAUUCUGUUGACUAUAAUUCCAAUGUGAUGAUUGAAAAUAAUUUAACCAACACAUCAUCAUUGAUCAAUAAAACAACCACACAACGAUUACCAAGAUAUUCAUCAUUACCGGUUAACAUGUUCACAACAACUCCAAUAACAACUCCAUCUAGUAUUGAUCAUUCAACCAAAAGUAUUUCUUCAUCCAAUCAGAAAAAUAAAUGGUGGCAAAUAAUAGAAAUAUGGCAUCUAUUUUUUUAUUUUGAUUUUAUCUCGAAUAUUCUAUGUAAAUAUAGUUUAUUAUUAAUGAAAACAUUACAUCUAAGCAUCACAAUAUUGAUUAUAUUGAAAUGUUGGCAAUUAUAUAAUGAAAUACGACGACUUAAAUAUUAUUUCAAAAAUAAUAAUAUUGAUCAUUCUCAACGACGCCAAACAAAUGAUACAACACUAACAACAACAACAACAACAAGUUCAUCAUUGGAUAUUAUUAAAUCGAACGAAUCGGUUAUCAUAAUCGAUAAUCAUAAUUCUAAAUUUGGACAACGUAGUCGUCGCCGUCGCCAUCAUCAACAACAGCAACAAUCCGAAAUGGAACGAUUAACAAUAUUGACAAGAAUUUUAUGUAAAAAUAUCCGUUACUAUCAUAAUGUAUUUGGUCAUUUAUUAUUGAUUUGGUUAUUAUUAACAAUUUUUACAUUAAUAGCUAUAUGGGAAUUUUAUAAAUGUUCAGAUCAACAGAAUCGUUUACAAAAAUCAAUAAUUAAUAAUGAAUCUAAUCAACAAUUUCAUGAUUGGCUUAUACCUUAUUCAAUGUUAAUCUAUCAUAGUAUUGAUCUAGCUAUAAUGUUUAUAUUUUAUUUAAUCAUCAGAAUUUUACGCUAUCAAUGUUUAUGGUUGAUCAAUUGAGAUAAAUCUAUAGAUGAAAACAGUGAUGAUAAUAAAUUAUUUUUGAAA